AUAUAUGCUAAAACAACUUCAUUUUAUAGUUACAAAGUGAUUUCGCUCGAUAUAUUUAAUUAUGGAGAUCUCUCCAAAGUUCCGCUCUUUCUACAACUUGUUUUGGUCCGUUUUCGUGGCACAGCUGGGAAGCUAACGCUGUCUGCUGAUAUAUGUUAGCUUAGCAUUGGUCUCCCCAACAACACACACACAAAAAGCCCAGCCUCCUCUGAGCCUUGUUGGACGGCAGAAGUUUGAGACUUUACUCGCUGCAGCACCCACAACAUGUCUAUCCUAGGGUUAAAGAAGAAACAGCCAAAGACUUUCAAAGUCAAAGUCAUCACCAUGGAUGCUGAAAUGGAGUUCAGCUGUGAGGUGAAGUGGAAAGGUAAAGACCUGUUUGACCUGGUGUGUCGCACUGUGGGUUUGAGGGAGACCUGGUUCUUUGGACUCCGGUACACAGUAAAGGACACCUACGCCUGGCUGAAACCAGAGAAGAGGGUUUUGGACCAGGAGGUUCCCAAGGACUCACCCAUUACAUUUCAUUUCCUGGCUAAGUUCUUCCCAGAAAAGGUAGAAGAAGAGUUGGUCCAAGAAAUAACUCAGCAUCUCUUCUUCUUACAGGUGAAAAAACAGAUAUUAGAUGAAGAGAUAUUCUGUUCCCCUGAAGCGUCUGUUCUGUUGGCAUCAUAUGCUGUCCAAGCCAAGUAUGGGGACUAUGACCCAAACUUUCACAAGCCAGGCUUCCUCGCACAAGAUGAGCUUUUGCCAAAAAGAGUUUUGAUGCAAUAUCAAAUGACAGCUGACAUGUGGGAGGAGAAGAUCACAGCUUGGUAUGCAGAGCACAGAGGCAUCGCCAGGGAUGAGGCUGAGAUGGAAUACCUAAAAAUUGCUCAGGACCUUGAGAUGUAUGGUGUCAGCUACUUUGCCAUUACUCAAAAUAAGAGGGAUACUGACCUGUUACUCGGAGUGGAUGCUCAGGGUCUUCACAUCUACAGCCCCAACAGCAAACUCAACCCUAACAAGUCCUUUCCUUGGAGCGGCAUCCGCAACAUAUCUUACAGUGAAAAGGAGUUCACAAUCAAACCCCUGGACAAAAAGAAAGAUGUUUUCAAAUUCUACUCAUCUCAACUGCGUGUCAACAAGCUGAUCCUGCAGUUGUGCAUCGGUAACCAUGAUCUAUUCAUGAGGAGGAGGAAGGUGGACUCCAUUGAAGUGCAGCAGAUGAAGGCUCAAGCCAAAGAGGAGAAGGCCCGCAAGAAGAUGGAGCGUCAAAUUCUGGCACGAGAAAAACAGAUGAGGGAGGAGGCGGAACGAGCAAAAGAGGAGAUGGAGCGAAGACUUUUCCAGCUGCAGGACGAAGCACGAUUGGCCAACGAGGCACUGCUGCGAUCUGAGGAGACAGCGGACCUGCUGGCAGAGAAGGCCCAGAUUGCUGAGGAGGAGGCCAAGCUGUUGGCCCACAAGGCUGCAGACGCUGAGCAGGAGAGGCAGAGGUUAGAGGUCACCGCCAUGAAGACCAAGGAGGAGAAAAGGCUGAUGGAGCAGAAGAUGAGGGAGGCAGAGCAGCUGGCUGUCAAACUGGUGGAGCAGUCCGAGAGGAGGUUGAAGGAGGCAGAUCACCUGAAACAGGACCUGACCGAGGCAAAGGACGCUGAGCGGAGAGCCAAACAGAAGCUGCUGGAGAUCACCAAAACAACAUACCCUCUCAUAGCGGCCUACUCUACUCCUCCUGCUCCCCCUGCCCCUCCUGAAGCAGCCGACUUCGGCUACGAAUCGGCAUCUACGCGCCUCGACUUCAAGGACUCUGACAUGAAAAGGCUGUCAAUGGAGAUUGAGAGAGAGAGGCUGGAGUACAUGGAGAAGAGUAAACACCUGCAGGACCAGCUGAAGGAGCUGAAGACCGAGAUUGAGUCUCUGAAGCUGGAGGAGCAGCAGCAACAGGCUGGCCUCUACAACCUCCGCAGUGAGGCGAGAGGAUACGUCCAGGAGCCUGUCUAUAUACCUCACAGCAAUCGAAACUCUGCGUACAUGUCUCAGAUGGCCUACUUUGAAGAAGUGUGAUCCCAGUCUUGCCAGACAAGGAGGGAGGGCACCAGCU